AAACAUUUGUCACACCCCCUUAUAAUUAACAGUGCGUGCUGCAUGUUUUCUUCCCACAUUCCAACAUUCACCUCAAUCUCUCUCUCAAUCCCUCCAAAUCCAAACCUCAAUUAAUAUAUCACAACAAUGGGUUUGCACUCCAAAUUCUCUCUACUCUCCUCCAUCCUAGUCUUGUACAUGCUCAGCGUCGACGCUCAAAUAUUAGACGAGCGCGCCGCGCUCCUCUCCUUCGUGUCCGGGAUCAGCAGCGACCCCGAACACGCCCUAUCCAACUGGAACGCCUCCGACCUCCCCCUCUGCAAAUGGUCGGGGGUCGGGUGCGACAUGAGCAAGAACAGAGUCAUAGAGCUCAACCUCAGCCACAAGUCCCUCCGCGGCACCAUCUCCCCGUCCCUCUUCGCCCUCUCGCAGCUCGAGAUCCUCGACCUCUCCGGCAACUUCCUCCACGGCCGGAUCCCGCCCGAGAUCGGCUCCCUCCUCCGACUCAAAGAACUCAGCCUAGCAUCCAACUCCCUCCAAGGCAACAUCCCAUCCCAAGUGGGGACUCUCAAGCAACUAGUCUACCUCAACCUCGGCAGCAACAAACUAGAUGGCGAGAUCCCUUCAUCACUCUUCUGCAACGGCUCGUCUUCUCUGCAAUACCUCGACCUCUCCAACAACUCCCUCCACGGCCAACUCCCUCUGCAGAAUCAAUGUGCUCUCUCUGAACUCAGGUAUCUUCUACUAUGGUCCAACAGCCUAGCCGGCCAAGUCCCCUUGCCGUUAUCAAACUCAUCGAAACUCGAGUGGCUCGACUUGGAAUUCAACCACUUCGAGGGAGAGCUGCCCUGCAACAUCCUAAGCAGAAUGCCACAUUUGAAGUUCCUCUACUUAUCGUACAACCAUUUCUCAAGCCAAGACGGAAACACCAACCUCGUACCUUUCUUCGCCUCUCUCAAGCACUCCUCCAACUUGCAAGAACUCGAUCUGGCCGGGAACCACCUCGGAGGGGCUCUGCCUCCUAUUAUCGGCGACCUCUCCGCUCUGGUGCAGAUCAAUCUUGAUACAAAUUUCAUCUACGGUGAAAUCCCACCGCAGAUUUCCAACCUCGUCAACCUCACCCUCCUCAACCUCUCCAGCAACCUCAUGAAUGGGACCAUCCCCUCCGAGCUAUGCCAGAUGGCGAAGCUCGAGCGCCUCUACCUGUCGAAUAACUCCCUCUCCGGCCACAUUCCGGCGUCCUUGGGAGACAUGCCGCAUUUGGGACUGCUGGACCUGUCCAAGAACAUGCUCUCCGGUACCAUCCCGGACAGCUUCGCCAACCUCGUACAGCUCCGAAGGCUGCUCCUGUACGAAAACCACCUGUCGGGAAACAUCCCACCUAGCCUCGGAAAAUGCAUCAACUUGGAGAUUCUUGAUCUCUCCCACAACAGAAUCUCCGGGACCAUCCCAGCUGCGGUCGCCGGCUUGAGCAGUUUGAAGCUGUAUUUGAACCUCUCGAGCAACAUGCUAGACGGCCACAUCCCACUUGAGCUCAGCAAAAUGGACAUGGUCCUCGCCAUUGAUCUAUCCAACAACAACUUCUCCGGCGCGCUGCCGUCGCAGCUGGGGAGCUGCAUCGCGCUCGAGAGCCUCAACGUGUCGCGCAACUCGCUGGAGGGGCAGUUCCCGGAGGACAUCGGCAGCCUGCCUUAUCUCCGGGAACUCGACCUCUCCUUCAAUCGCCUGAGCGGGGAGAUACCGGAAUCUCUCCGCGCGUCUGCUUCCCUACGCCUCCUCAACCUCUCCUACAACAGCAUGUGCGGGAACGUCACCGUCGGGGGCUCGUUCACGGCGGAAUCCUUCCUCGGAAUGAGGAGCUGCCGCCGGAAACGAGCUCGCCAUUUCUUAAUGGCGAUUCUUCUCUCCCUCCUCAUCACCCCCAUCUUCUGCGUGGUUGGAUUUCCGUUACUGAUGAGAAGGAGACUGCAGCUGCAGCUGCAGCUGCAGCUGCCCAAGGUCGGCGGCAAGGCGGCUGUGAGGGAUGAAGAGGAAACGAGAGAAGAGAUCAAAUAUCCGAGAAUCUCUCGCCGGCAGCUGGUCGAAGCCACCGGCGGAUUCAGCAGCUCGAGCCUCAUCGGCUCGGGCAGGUUCGGGCAGGUCUACAAGGGAAUCCUCGGCGACAACACGAGGAUCGCGGUCAAGGUUCUGAACCCGAAAACGGCGGAGGAAAUCACGGGCAGCUUCAAGAGGGAGUGCCAGGUUCUGAAGCGAACCAGGCACCGGAACCUCAUCAGGAUCAUCACGGCGUGCAGCCGCCCCGACUUCAAGGCCAUCGUGCUGCCGUUAAUGCCUAACGGCAGCCUCGACGACCAUCUGUAUCCGGUUAACGGAAUGAAGAACGGAAUGAGACUGAAGCUCCCGCAGCUGGUGGGGAUCUGCUGCGACGUGGCGCACGGGAUGGCCUACCUGCACCACUACUCCCCGGUGAAGGUCGUCCACUGCGACCUCAAACCGAGCAACAUACUCCUCGACCACGACAUGACGGCGCUGGUCACGGAUUUCGGCAUAGCCAGGCUCGUCAAAGGCGGCGACGAGACUGCCAACUGCGUCGACGUCGAUGACUCGGCAUCCUACGACUCCACGGACGGCCUCCUCUGCGGAUCGCUCGGUUACAUUGCUCCGGAAUAUGGGAUGGGAAGACACGCUUCGUCGCAGGGAGAUGUGUACAGCUAUGGGGUUCUCCUGCUGGAGAUAGCGAUGGGGAAGAGACCCACCGACGUUCUGUUCCACGAGGGUUCCAGCAUGCACGAAUGGGUGAAGAGCCGUUACGCUAACGAGCUCGAUUCGAUGGUGGAAGACGUCGUGGCCAGGAUGGCACCGGCCGCCCACGAGAGGAAGGUGUGGAGCGACGUCGUUUUGGAGCUCAUAGAAUUAGGUCUAAUCUGCACGCAGCAUAGUCCUAGUGCUAGGCCUAGCAUGCUGGAUGUGGUGCAUGAGAUCUCUCUUUUGAAGCACUAUGUCAAUUCUUCUCCUUCAACCUUACUCAUCCAACACACUCUUCCUACUGAUUAAUUCUUUUUUUUCUUUUUUUACAUUAUGCUGUUUUGACAGCAACAAUUUUGUUACAGAUGAUGAUCAAGAGAUUUUUUUUCUUUCUAGAUCAUUAUUGUUCUUUAGUUAAUUUGAGCUGAAAAUGUAAGGAUGCCUCCAAUAAAAAACUAAAAUUAUUUCAGCUUUCAAAA